AUGUCGUCACGUGCGCUCCGCCGCGUCCAGAGGGAGCUGGAAGAGAAACAGAUCCAGGAAAAGCUAGCACAAGAGCAGGAAGAUGGACAAGAAGAGUCAGAAGAAGAAAUAGUGCCGAAGCCAAAGGCGAAGCCGAGUCUAUUUGCCAUGCUAGGGAACGACGAUGGUCAGGAAGACGAUGAGGACAGUGAUGCAGAGGAACAUGGGGUAGGAUCGCAGUCCGAAGAGGUCGUUGCUGCACCUCCACCCUCGAGAUCGAAAAAGAGCAAAAAGAAAAAGAAGAAGGGAAAAUCAAAGGCCACUGCUGCAGAACAUACUACAAGCACAGCGAAUGCCGACGCCUCGUCUGGACUAGAUGAGAUCGACCGAGCGCUGAUGACACUCAAUAUUGCAGCGAAUGGGCGGGACGCCAGCGACAGCGACCAGCAGAAUCCAGGUAUCAGCGCGGAGGUGCAGCAAUUGUGCGCGGUUCUGAGCGUAGAUUCACAGCACUUACACGCAGCGAACGAGAUGAAGAAGCUGUUCGGUCGAGCUGCUCUUCAGAACACCGACGAUGAACCACGGCAACGUCAACGAGGCCAAGGACAGCAAGGCGGCGGCGUCGCUGCUGCAGUGGCAGGACGUAACGGACCCGGCGCUCGUGGCCUUGCAUCUCUCGGACUCCGUCGCAACGUCUUCAUCCAAGGCAAAGAAGAGUGGCCACGUGCAACAUCCGGGGGACUAAGCAUGGAGAUUGUCGAGAGACGGCAAGACGGGACAGUCGAGUAUAGGUUCGUCCACAACCGGACAUAUCAAGAGACACAGACGCAGUUUCAACAACAGCGCGAUAAUGCAACUGCGUCCGAAUUACUUGAGCGUGCCCUCUUCACUUUCGGCCGAUCGGUCCAUUCGACCUUUUCCAAAAACUUAGCAGCCGGCAAGGCACGCCUUGAUUUCCGGCGUCCUGAGAACCGCGAAUUCUGGCUCGCUAUAUGGAGAUAUAUUGGCACACUCACAGUCCGGGCAACAUUCCGAACAGCCUUUGAGUGGGCAAAACUAAUGUUGGCUAUGGCUCCAGAGCAAGAUCCCUAUUGCAUCCGACUGCUAUUCGACCAACUAGCACUACGUGGCCGCGAACCCCAGGCCGUGGUUGACCUGGUAGAGACAGAUCACUUGCAGCGACUGUGGAAAGUCCCGCCCAACCUUGCUUUCAGCGUCGCACUCGCUCACGAUCGCCUGAAACAACCACAAAAAGCAAGGUCAACACUGAAGAACGCCAUCAGGGAAUAUCCAUGGUUAGCAGCCCGAUUAUGCAAGGAGCUCGACAUAUCACCGAUCCCGAAGCCAGUAUGGGGCAAGGAACCCAAUGGCGACUAUCAAGAGCUCCUGUGCCAGCUCUACGUACCAAAAGCAAAGGACCUGUGGAACACAACCGAAGCCACAAGUCUGCUAGUUGAGGUGUGUUAUUCGUUUGAGGAGGACUUGGGCGCAGGCGAAGAUCCCUACUGGCUUGCGCAAAUACCAGAAAUCGAUAUUGCGCGACACGUCAUUCUCUCCGACGACCGCAACCUGAUGGCACUUCUCGACACACAGAUCAAGGCCAAGUACACAUCCGUCUCCGAUCCUCUUCCCCCAGAAGAUAGUAUCGACUCGUUCGACUCGGCGGGCAACGUAGCGAGUACGAAUCGCACUCAGUUACUCGCUAGCAUCGAGGAGCUCAGACUGUACUUUCAAAGUGUCAGGAUUGAGAACCUGGCUCAUGAAGGGUUUACGGUGGAGGACUUCGCCGCGGCCCUGGAGGCAGCAGGGUCCAGCAUGGAUGAGUUUAGGAGGAAUACGGACCGAUUCGAGACGGUGCGUAGGCGACUGAGAGAUGAGGGUGUGGACGUCAUCUUCGAUAACAACGGGCAGGGAGGACUGGAGGUGGAGUCUGAUGAGAGCGAUUGA